AUGGACGAACUCGUGUCAACCCUAACUUCGACUUCCCCUUUUGAAACGGGGACGACAUUCACCAAGACAAUCCACAGAGAGCCUUACUCGGCCAUUCUUCCUUCCCGCCAGGUGCUAUCUCAGAAUGGGCGUACGGUCCUCAUAACAGGUGGCUCUGCAGGUAUCGGCUUUGCUGUCGCCAAGAGCUUUGCUCAAGCAGGAGCAAAGCGCGUGAUUAUUCUUGGCCGUCGCCAAAAUAUUCUUAAUGAGUCUGUUGAGAAACUCAGGAAAGAGUAUAAAAACGUCCAGUUCAGUGGGUUCCAGAGCGACGUAGAUGACCUUGAGAGCAACGAAAAGCUAUGGAAGGGUUUUGAAGAGGAUGGUACUGUUAUUGACGUCUUGGUACUUAACGCUGCUCAGAUGUUUGCUCCUGGCUCUAUUCUAGCGACAGGGAGGGAUGCCGUAUGGAAGGGCUUUACUACAAAUACCCUCUCGUUAUUAGACUUCGCUGGGAGGUUUUAUAACCAGAAUAAUAGUAAGGGGCAGCAAAAGUUUCUCAUCAACGUUUCUAGCGAGGGCAUCCACAAUUUUCACAAGUCAGGGUUAUAUCCUGCUUACAGUGCUAGCAAAAAUGCGGGAACGCUUUUGAUGCAGCUAAUUGCUAAAGACACAUCUCCUGAGGACAUGCAAGUUAUUAGCUUUCAUCCAGGGUUGGUUUGGACAGAGGCGUUCAAGAACGGUGGCGUUCCAGAGGACAUGUUUGAUUUUGACGAUGUCAUGCUGGCUGGAAACUUCGCUGUCUGGGCCGCUUCUGAGGAGGCGCGGUUCCUGCACGGCCGCUUCGUCUGGGCGAAGUGGGACGUCGAGGAGCUGAAGGGUGGCGAAAUAGGAGAGAAGAUACGGAAGAAUGAUCAUUACCUCAAGGUGGGCAUUGUUGGGCUCCAUCAGUAGGGGGAAUCUCUUGCUGGUGUUGCGAUGCUGCGGUCUCGCCGAUGUGACGGGAGCUUGUAGUUUAGCUGCGGAGGAGGGGGGUAUCAGACCAUUCGGGGAGUGAAUAGAUGUUGGUUCCCGGGCUCGACGCAAAAAAGCCCUUCAGAACCCUGAGCUAUUCCCCUCUCUCUGCCGCCCGAGAUCGCACUAAGAUAACGUCUAAUAUUGAAUAGACUCAAAAAGAUGUUUGUAACCUAUACAGAUGAAGCGGAUUCAGGUGGAAUUCUUCCCAGCAGGGUGUCUUUUUUUCC